GAGGAGGAGGAGGAGGAUGUGGCGCGCGGACGGGAAAUGGCUGCCGAAAACAAGCCGGAAGGACUGAAGAGAAUUCGUAAAGCUGAUCGAAUGUACAGAACUUCCGUCAGCUACGCCAGCCAGGCUGCUACUAAGGGUGUCCGAGAUGACACAGACACCAACAAUGAACAUGGACAUUUGAAAAUCUACCUGCCCAAGAAGCUGCUCGAAUGCCUGCCCAAAUGCUCCUCCCUGCCUAAGGAGAGACAUCGGUGGAACACCAAUGAGGAAAUCGCUGCUUACUUGAUAUCAUUCGAAAAGCAUGAAGAGUGGCUAACAACAUCCCCCAAAACCAGGCCACAAAAUGGGUCUAUGAUCCUGUACAACAGGAAGAAAGUAAAGUACAGAAAAGACGGCUACUGCUGGAAGAAGAGGAAAGAUGGCAAGACCACGCGGGAGGAUCACAUGAAGCUGAAAGUGCAGGGAGUCGAGUGUUUGUACGGGUGUUACGUCCACUCCUCCAUAAUCCCCACCUUCCACCGCAGAUGCUACUGGCUGCUACAGAACCCGGACAUCGUUCUGGUCCACUACCUUAACGUCCCAGCCAUCGAGGAUUGUGGGAAGCCAUGCGGUCCGAUCCUGUGCUCCAUCAACACAGACAAAAAGGAGUGGGCCAAAUGGACCAAGGAGGAGCUCAUCAGCCAGCUAAAGCCCAUGUUUCAUGGCAUCAAGUGGACUUGCAGCAACGGGAACAGCAGCACCGGCUUCUCGGCUGAGCAGCUGGUGCAGCAGAUCCUGGACAGCCACCAGACCAAACCACCUCCCCGGACUCACAACUGCCUCUGCACGGGGACGCUGGGUGCUGGUAGCAGUCUGCAUCACAAAUGUAACAGUGCCAAACACCGCAUUAUCUCCCCAAAGGUCGACCCACGCUCUGGAGGUGCUUACAGCAGCACUCACUCCGAAGUUCAAAACAGUGAUGUCUCAGAGGGCAAGACAGAGCACACACAUGGAUCAGGCAAAAAUGGCAGGUCGACGGGCGAUGGUCCAGGUGGAUCUACUGCACGAGAAAAGAGGAACAGCAAAGGAGCGAAACCGGCUCUACUUCAUCAGAACAGUAUGGAGGUGUCCUCCACUAACCAGGUUGAAGUUCCAGACACCACCCAGAGCUCACCAGUCUCCAUUAGCAGCGGGCUAAACUCCGAUCCAGAUAUAGCUGACAGCCCCGUGGUGACAGGAAUGAGCCACGUGGCCUCCGUCAUGAGCAGCCUCUCCCAGUCCGCCACUGUCUUCAUGUCAGAGGUCACCGGUGAACCCGUCUACAGCAUGUCUCCCACUGGAGAUCCUAAUGCUCAUCUACUUGGCCCUGACACGGCCUCGAGCAGCUUGGUGCUGGCAGUUGCUGCUGAUAGUCACAAAUUUGCUUUUCCUGGGGCUGUGGGAUUAGGAGAUGUAGGGUCUGCAGAGAGGUUGGCUAUGCUUUCUGCAGCUAGCAUGUCAGAAGAGCUGGUCCUCUCCAGCAACCUUGAGUCCGGGAGCAUCAAGCUGCCUGAAACCACCAUGAACUUUGACCCAGACUGCUUCCUCAAUAACCCUAAACAGGGACAGACGUAUGGGGGAAAUGGGCUGAAGACAGAGGUCAGCAAUGCCAGCAGUUGCAGCAAUGGAGGAAUGCGCUGUUCACCUCCUCUUGCUGAUAAUGGUUACGGUUUCAAUGCCUCACUGGUCAAAAAUAUAAAAACGGAAGAUACAUCAUUCGAACAGCAGCUGGCCAAAGAAGGUGGUUACCAGGUCGGAGAGGUGGUCAGUGGUGCAGCAAGCAUGUCCAGCUCCUCAGGCAGUGGCUCUACCCAGAGUUCCUUAGCUCUAACCCCAACUAGCUCAUUGCUUCCAUCUGGUGGUGGCCUGAGCCCUAGCACUACACUGGAGCAGAUGGAUUUCAGUGCCAUUGAUGCCAAACAGGAUUACUCUUCUACUAUGAUGUCUGCUACAAGCUACAGUCAAGCUAUACCAAGUCCUCAGCUGGCUCACCAGAGCCACUCUCCAAGCUUCUUCCUGCAGGGUUCACCGCAGUCCACCCAGACUCAUGCCCACCAGAACACUAGUAUUUCUGCUCAGAACUCGCACGACUCUGCUGCUUUUAUGGGUUUGUCUGUGGUUAAGACUGAUUCGACAGGCACCAACGGGCAUCAUCAACACCACCAUCAUGCUCACCAAGGGCAGCACACUGCGUCCAACUGCAACGGAAACUCUCCAGCAGAAAGAAAUGGGCAAGGUAGCACUCUGCAACUUCUGCAGUACCAAAAUCGCUUCACAGGUGCCAGCAAGGAACAUGAGGAGGUUGGAAGCCUGGAACAGCCCACCAACUCAGAAGGGCAGGACACAGGUGAGCAAGAAAAGGAUACAGAAGACUUGUUGAAGGCAGGAGAUCACCUACAGCACUGUGUCGGAAAUGGGGCAGAUGGCAACGGAGCUACAGAGCACUACCUCCAACAACCAGAAGGCACAAAUCUGGGAGCAGGAGUAACUGGCAGAACAGGAACGGGUACUAAUAAUGGAGCUCUGUGUAAUGGUACGGAUGUCAGCAGAGCAACUGGCAGUCCACAUCAGCAGCUCCAGCCUCUACUACAAGGAGCAGGGCUUGUCCAGGGGCUCUUCAACAACAUAGCAGCCCACCAGGCUCUGGCCACAAGUGGCGCCAGUGGAGGAGGAGCCAUGGAGAUCAGCCUUGAUCACUUCGAUGUCUCUUUUGGGAAUCAGUUUUCAGACCUCAUCAACGAUUUCAUUUCGGUAGAAGGAGGAAACAAUGCAGUAAUCGGGGGACAAACAGGCAACACACUCUACAGCCAUCAGAUAAUGGCGCACUCAGGCACAGAAGGUCAAGUGUCAUCCGGGGCGACCACCCAACAGGUUGCUGAGGAAGGACCCACCCAUGGAACUACAGGGUACAACUCUGCAGAACUCUGCCUCCAGCCCUGUUGCAGCCCUCAGUCUGCCCAGCCUGGGUCACUGGGAACAGACAAUGGGCAGUUAUCAUACAUGCAAGUAGAGGAGGUUGUGUCUGCAGCUGUGGCUCAUGGGACCAUGGGGAUGCUUCAGAACACUGCAAGACUCUUUGUGGUGACAGACUACUCACCGGAGUGGUCUUACCCAGAGGGUGGAGUAAAAGUUUUAAUCACAGGACCAUGGCAGGAGGCCAGCAGUGACUACACAUGCCUGUUUGAUCAGAUCACAGUUCCUGCCUCCCUCAUUCAGCCUGGAGUGCUGCGAUGUUACUGCCCGGCUCACGACACAGGCCUGGUGACCCUUCAGGUUGCAGCCAGCAGCCAGAUCAUCUCCAACUCAGUGGUGUUUGAAUAUAAAGCCCGCGCUCUCCCCGCCCUGCCCACCUCUCAGCAUGACUGGCUCUCCCUGGACGACAACCAAUUCAGAAUGUCGAUCCUGGAGCGCCUGGAGCAGAUGGAGCGCAGGAUGGCGGAGAUGUCUGGCCAGCAGCAGCAGCAAAGCAGCGGAGGAACAUCUGAAAGUGGAGUAACGGGAGGAGGAGGAGGAGGAGAAGGAAGAGGCAAUUCCGAUCAAACCCAACUCUCCCCAGGUCAUAGUCAGGGACAAGCUGGAAGCUCCUUUGAGAGCCGUGUCGUGGUGGUAUGUGAGAAGAUGAUGAACCGUGCCUGCUGGGCAAAAUCCAAGCACUUAAUUCACUCCAAAACGUUCCGGGGUAUGACCCUGCUCCACCUGGCAGCUGCCCAGGGUUACGCCAACCUGAUCCAGACUCUCAUCAAAUGGCGCACUAAACAUGCAGACAGCAUUGACCUGGAGUUAGAGGUGGAUCCUUUGAAUGUUGACCACUUCUCCUGCACCCCAUUGAUGUGGGCUUGUGCUUUGGGUCACACCGAGGCAGCAGUGGUUUUGUAUAAGUGGGAUCGGCGCGCCCUGGCGAUCCCCGAUUCUCUCGGCCGCUUACCGUUGGCCACGGCGCGAUCCCGCGGCCAUACCAAGCUGGCUGAGUUUCUAGAAAAUCUUCAGAAGGAAGAACAGCAGCAGACUUCUGCCGCCAACAUGUCUUUCUCCUCCUCUACAGAAAGCUCUACUACAGAGGGCUGGAUGACCGUUUGGGGAAGUGAGACAGCUUCUGGGAUAAGAGCAAACAACAGCGCUAGCUCUGCUCCAGGCUCAAACCAAGAUUUAAGGAGACCCAGGUCUGAAUCUUCCAGUUUCUACAACAGUGAUAUCCAAGGCGAUGCCCCAUUAACCAAGAAACACAAACCCAAUCCUGAGAUACACCAAGCAAGGCCAAGCAAGCCUGGGGCUACCCCUGUGGGUCUGGGAGAGCAAGUCCACAAGACUAAAACAUGCCCUGCUAAACUAGCCAAAGCUGGUACGGUGGAGACAGGAAAAGCAGACAAGGCUCAGACAAAGUUGAGUUCGGCUUGCGGAGGCGGGCGAUGGAGCAGCAGACAGACCUCAGGGCGCAGAGGGCCUAUUGGAGGACUUGCUAAAGAAAGGUUGGCGAACAGGCUGAGGUUACGAGAAGCAUCCGGAACAGGGUCAGUCUCCGAGCUUCUGUUGGGGCAAGAGGAUCUGGAGAACACAGGUGACCUCCAGUUGAAUAUGAUGACUCUGGCCGAGCACAUCAUCGAAGCAACGCCUGAUCGCAUCAAGAGCGAAAACUUCGAGGCCACGGAGUCAGCACCUCUGGAUAGCGUUGAGGUCAACAGCACUAUGAGCUGGUUAGCUACGUACCUCGGAGAUGCAGAAAGGUUCAUAUACAGUAAGCCGGUGGCAUGCUCCACGGGACUCGAAGACAGCCACGCUGGCAGCCACCCGGAAUGUGAAGGUCCUUUCGGGAAGCUUGGACUUCCGUCUCCAGCAGACUGGAGUGCAUUUCUUAACGUCCCUCACAGCAGAAAGGAGCGUGAUUUAACCCAGCUGGCGCUGUCCGACCACGAGCAGAGAGAGCUGUACGAGGCCGCCCGCCAAGUCCAGAGCACUUUCCGCAAGUAUAAGGGGCGUCCACUCAGAGAGCAGCAGGAACUGGCAGCUGCUGUUAUUCAGCGCUGUUAUAAAAAGUACAAGCAGCUGUCAUGGAUAGCCUUGAAGUAUGCACUUUAUAAGAAGAUGACGCUGGCCGCCAUCCUAAUCCAGAGUAAAUUUCGCAGCUACUACGAGCAGAAGAAGUUCCAGCAAAGUCGUCGGGCAGCCAUGCUAAUCCAGCAAUACUACCGCAGCUACAAAGAGCUGGGCCGACCCAACUCACACUCUCACGCCGCUGCAGCUGCAGCAAUAGUGCAGCACAAACUGAGAAGUGGUCUGCUGACCAAGAGGCAGGACCAGGCCGCCAGAAAAAUAAUGCGAUUUCUGCUCCGAUGUCGCCAUAGCCCCUUGAUGGACCAUAGACUGUUCAAACGGGGUGAGAGAACUGAAAAAGGCCAAGGAACAUGAGAGCUCGCCAAAGAGCCCCGUCACAAUCUAAAGUUCUCCUCCAGUCCAGACUGUUUCCCCUUCUUUCUUUUUUUUUCCUCUUUCUGUUUUUACACAAAACAAACAAUUUACCAAAAGGCAAAAACUAUUCAAGGGAAAAAAAACAGAAGCGAGAAGAUGUUAAGAACAUGUGAACAUGAAGUGACGGUGACAUCAUUACUGUCGCCCCUGGUACUGCCACAGCGUCGUGUAUUUUUUCCUCUUCAUUGUGGAACGUGGGGAGUUUCUGCGUAAAAAAAAAAACUAUGACUUUAUCUGGGAAACAAUGAAAUCCCCAUGCCUUUUUUUUGCACUCUUCAUAUUUUUUUUUCGGGAUCAAGGAACCAUGGAGCUGAAUGCUUUUUCCUUUUUCCCCUGACGGCGCUUGUAUGAUACGAAAGACGACUUACGUUAAUGUAAUCAUGCUGGAUUCUGCUUAUGAUUAACGAUGAUUACAUCUUUAUAUUUUGAACGAAAUACGGAGGGAAAAAAUGGCAAAACCAAAAACAAAAAAAAAAUGGUUUCAUCCCAUCGCUCAUGUGCAUGCAGAGUCAGCUCUUUUUUCCUACUAGUCCGUCCUUUUAUCCAGUAAAAAAACGGGUUGGGCUGCACAUGAAUGUAAAACCGGGUUUAGGUUUUAAAAGAAAAAAAAAAGAUCUUGGGUUUGAAAUAUCCGUCUUACUUCUUGUGUUGUGUUUUUUUUUUGGUUUUUUUUGUUUUUUUUUGAGUAAGUCACGAUUAAGGACGGAGCCGUGAUCUCCGUCGGGGAACUGUUUGUGUGCACUGUUUUUUGACUUUCUAAACGAGUCCUUUUUUCGUAACGUCACUUUUCCCUGGCCUGACUUUGUGAGUCGCGUGUUCACUGGAUUUUAAACCCGAAAUAGUGCAUGCCUCUGAGCCGCGCGCUCCUGCAUGCCGAACGAAAUGUUUUGUGCGGUGUUUUUGUGUGUGUGUGUGUGUGUGUGUGUGUGCGUGUUUAAUUAACCUCAGCCUUGUUUCUUUGUCCUGUCACAUAAAAUGUACAUCUUGUUUAAAAAUAUAUUUAUUGAUUUGUUUGUUUGUGUUUGCUUUACUUUGUUUACCUUUUUUUUACAUGCAUCCUGCUUCCUAUACUUUUUUUUUUUUUUUUUAACUUUUUUUGGUCUUAUAGUUGUCUCAUUGUGACACAAAAACACUAUUUUUGCUCUGUGUGUAUGUGUGUGUGUGUGUGUGUGUGUGUGUGUGCGUGUUUGCUGACAAGGUUUCAGCGCUUCUUUUCGUUGCUGUUUGCUCCAAAAAUACUUUAGUUUUCGAAGAUUCCCGUAAAACACUGACGUCUCAGACUUUUUAAAAAGGGUCCCUAGAAACAACCUCCAUAUUUUUGACUAAAGCGCGGUCCCUGUACAUAACACAGACGAAAGAAAUGAAAAAAAAAGUACACGGAAAGCCAGAACCCUUACCACAAGAGGAUUGUAUUUAAUAAUAUAUAUUAUUUUAUUCAUAAAAAAAAAAACAUAAUGAUAUGAUAAAGAGAUAGAAAAAAAUCUAUUGUAUAGUUUUGUUUGAACACCCGAGAUGUACGCGGUUAUAUUGUUUGUAAAUACUGUAAAUAUCUGGUGCAAAAGAAGGAGCCAUGUGCAUGAAAUCUUACGAUAAUGACACAGAGCAUAAUAUCAAGAAAAAAAAAUGUAGUGGCUAUGAUCUAAUUCAUUCAGUUUCAAUAUAAAAGCCUUUUAUUUGAAAUGUUCUUAUAAAGAGCAUUUAGUAAAGCAUGACUUUUUUGCAAAAUCAUGAUUGUUAAAAAAAAACAACAACAUAGAAUUAGUGGAGACCCGGAAAAAAACAAACAAUCCUUAGAUACAACCAGUUUAUAGAGUGACGAGAUGUUUGUACAGUCUGGAUUUCUGUAUGAGUGGCUCUAGAAAUGUGACGUGAUCAUGUGAUAAUAAAAGGAGUGUGAAUAAACACACAGGACAUCACACAUGUCCUUAGAGA